AAGAAAGCCCGAACCAAUUACACACCGGAACAAGUUCGAGGCCUCGAAAAGGUAUUCCUGGAAACACCCUACCCAGAACCAGAAGCCAUGGAAAAACUCUCAAAAGAACUUGAAAUCCCAGAACAGAAAUUAAAGGUCUGGUUCCAAAACAAACGUGCUCGAUGGAGGCGA